AUGGGCUCACCACUUUCACCAAUUUUAGCAGAUAUAGUAAUGCAGGACUUGGAAGAACAAGCUAUUAAUUGUUUGUCGGCACAACCAUUGUUCUAUUAUAGAUACGUUGAUGACAUUGUUCUUGCUAUUCCGCCUGAUAGUGGUUGUCUUGAACAUAUCGAGAAAUGGACGCAGGAUCAGGCCUUGAUUUUAUUGGUUAUCGUAUUAGUCAUCAUGUUCGUUGAAGUUACGACGCUCUUCAGCAUACUUCUCGCAUGUUCCCGCAAGAAUAGAAGAAGUAAAUCACAAACGUCGACUUUCACCUCUACACAAACUUUAAGUCCAUUCACCGAAAAUGAUCAUGAUUUUAAGGGCAGCGAAGAACGAAGAGCAGUCGACGUUAAGGACAUGAACAAGCGAGAAACAUGCGACGAUACUAAAUACAACGGAUUAGCAAUGAGCGGAAAGAGCAUAAUUGAAGAAUGGCGAAAUCCUCCGAAAUACUCCGCAGAUUUGCUGCGAAGCGAUCAGGUCUACGAGGAACGAGCGAUCGACGUUGUAAUCGACAAUCAUCCUCAGUCGAAUCUUCCUAAGAGACACCUGCAAUACGCGUCGCUGUCAAAGAUCGCAGACAAUAACACAAAUAAAAAUAACGAUGAUGAUAAAUUGGUUAAAAUUAAAAGAGUACAAUGUGGUAGCACAGUUAGAAGCAUCCCUAUCAAAGAUUAUCAGGCGUCGAUCGCGCAUAACAUCGGUACCUUGAAGCGAUCCGUGGCUCCUCAGUCGCAAUUCGAGUCUCUAGUAUCCGAACCUGAGAAGAGCGUUUAUUUGCCGUUAAAGAAAAGAAUUCCUUUAACUAGCAGCUUGCAUCACCGGUCCGCAUCGCAAACUACGUGCAUCGCUGCGCAAACCCUGAAAGCUGAUAACAUUCGAAAGAAAUUUUGUUGCUUUUGUGAUGGUCAGCACGAUUUGCGGGACUUCUAUUGCGCUAACGCUGAUUCAAGCAAGCAUGUUGAAGACAUUCGAUACUUUAAUAAGACGGAGGAUCGACGAUCUUCGCAGGAUGGUUCCGAUAUAGAUGAAUAUUUCCACAGGAGCUCACACGGGAGAUUCUCGAACGAUUACCAGAUUUCGAGAAACAUGCGCGAAUCUUCGGGAAACACGGGAACGAUAACGACGGAAACCAGAACGAAGAAUGAAAAAGCAAAAGCACAAGAGGAAGUGGAGACGUUGCAGUUAGCAGAAGGUCACGUUGGCAAGAAAAUAUCGGUUUAUGAACAGAAUGCUCGACGUAGUUUACGCAGUGUCAGUUCUAGGUAUCGAUCACCCUUCGAGAUAAAGGGAUACUGUACUAUUGGUGUACCGUUAGUGGGUAUGCACAAUGCUUGUGGCUUACCUGUCGUGGCUUCCUGGCACGACCACGAACUUCUAGAUACUUUGCGGAUCACGCACAAGCUCGCAAAAACCGCGGGACACAUUUACAAGAGUCCUCGCACGAACCCGAACAUGCGACAUCGGACGCAAUCGAGACGGAAGGUGCUGCAACCGGAUCGCGGAAUGAUUCAUCCGAGUGAUAUUGAUUGUGGCGUUAAAAGAUCGACGAUCAAAUCAGUGGGGUAUUUGGACGUUAUUAAUAGCAGCGGCAGGUCCAGAAGGAAACAUCGUCACUCAUCAUUUACUGUAACAAAGAUGGGAUCGCUGUCCUCGAAAAAUUCUUCUAAAAGGAUGCCUAAAAGAUAUGGAAUUAAAGCGAGUUCGCUGAUGAAUACCUUCGGUAGAAAAUCAAUUAAAAGCGGAAACACGAAACGGACCACUCUGUACGCGAAGGAUGAUGGAGAGGAAUCGAUACAAGUUCUCAAGAGUUUGUGCUUGAAUCCUUUAGCGCGUGCCAAUCCAGAAACGGACAUGAUGUGGUGA